AAGGCGAGGGUUAAUUUGGGGGGCGGGGGUUGGAGACUCUCUGCUUUUCCUGUGGAGAGUGAGGUUUGGCUGCCACCAAAGUUACUUCUAGUCCCUGCUGUCCACUCCUGCCCUCAGUCUGGACCUGCCCAAGGACCCCUGCAAUUAGGCCUCCCAUGCAGAGGUCUGUGAGAGCCCAAGUCAAUUGCUCUUGGCCCCCUGGCUGGCUACUUAUGGGGCACUGUCCUGAACAGCUCUGCUAAGAUGCUCCUGGCCCCUCCCUCCACCCCGUCCAGAGGACGGACCCCUAGCGCUGUGGAGAGGUUGGAAGCCGACAAAGCCAAGUAUGUCAAGACGCACCAGGUGAUAGCUAGGCGACAGGAGCCAGCCCUGCGUGGGAGUCCUGGGCCGCUCACGCCGCACCCCUGCAACGAGCUGGGGCCCCCUGCAUCGCCCAGGACGCCCAGGCCGGCCCGCCGGGGAAGUGGCAGGCGGCUGCCGAGGCCUGAUUCGCUCAUCUUCUACCGCCAGAAGCGGGACUGCAAGGCUUCGGUGAACAAAGAGAACGCCAAGGGCCAGGGGCUGGUGCGGCGCCUCUUUCUGGGUGCCCCGCGGGACGCUGCCCCGAGCAGCCCGGCCUCCACAGAGCGACCUGCGUCUUCAGGAGGUUGGGCCGCGCCCCAAGAUGCCCCGGAAGCGGCGGGAAAGCGGGCGCUGUGUCCCACGUGCUCACUGCCCCUGUCGGAGAAGGAGCGCUUCUUCAACUACUGCGGCCUGGAGCGCGCGCUGGUGGAGGUGCUGGGUGCAGAACGCUUCUCCCCGCAGAGCUGGGGGGCCGACGCUAGCCCGCAGGCCGGAACUUCACCGCCGCCCGGCUCCGGGGACGCCAGCGACUGGACAUCCAGCGACAGGGGCGUGGACAGCCCGGACGGCGCGGGCGGCGGCGGCUCGGAGGCAGCCGCCUCGGCGCGGGACGGGCGCCCUCCGGUGUCGGUGGUGGAGCGCAAUGCGCGCGUCAUCCAGUGGCUGUACGGCUGCCAGCGCGCCCGCGGACCGCCGCGCGAGUCCGAGGUGUGACCGCCGCGGCUCCGGAGCCGGCUUCCCAAGGAGUGCCAAGCGCGGGGCUGGCCCCGAGUACGGACAGGAAUACCCUGCUUCUGGCGCGCUGGGUGCCUUUGCGUAAGCCCUUCCCUCUGGAACUCAGUUUCGCGUCUGAACCUUGGGGAAGUGGGACAAGUUGUUGCCGAAGGCCCUUCCCUGCGCCCGCGGCGAAGGGGGAGGGAGAGGCCUCGUGGUCCUUGUGGAGGCCAGGUCUGGGGAGUCACGAUUGGGGUGGGAGAUGAGCAAACCUGCUGAAUAAAGUUAAAACGUUAUUUAAAUGGGGAGCUGAGGAAGGAGGCAAACGGGUUUUCGUGGUUAAGCGCGUGGGUUUUGAAGUGUGUGCUCCCGGCUGACUGUGUGACCCUGGGCAAGCACUUGACCUCCCUGGAUGCAGCGGCACCCCUCGGUUAUUAAGGAGGAAGGAGUAGGGGAUACAAGUAUUUGAAAAUAGUUGUAAUGCGCAUGGCAAAGUAUCCAGCAUAUAGAAAGUGCUCAAUAAACGGUAACUGCUGUGACUUC